AACAUGUGGUGGCUUGUCGAAAAAUCAAAUCGCUUUUUUCGCCUCAUAUCAUUUUUUGAGGACUAGCUGUUUUGGGAAUUGCAAAAUCUUUUUAUUCGUUAUACUACCCAGCUGUUCUUGUGACAUAUACAGUAAGUUGGCAUCCCUGAAUAACGCUGUUAACAUAAUAACAGUGGUUUACAAGCUUAUAAAAUGAACAGGGCGAAAAGGUUGUAAACAAUUAAAAAUAAUUAAUUACAAUGGCCACCUGGACUCAAAAUGUACCCACAGGUGUUACGAAACGACGUCGUUGGAAUUUAGAAGAUCGCGCCUCGCUGAACAAACUGAAGGAACAUAUUGCCGAAGAGGGUUGUCCACAGGUGCAAUAUGACUUGGGUAAAAAACUGCUGGAAAAUGCUAUAGAACCGAAUGUGGCUAACGAAAGCCAAAAGGCCGUGCAUUGGUUGGUCUCUGCCGCACAACAGGGACACGAGGAUGCAGUGCAGCUUCUGCGUAAGUGUUACAACGAUGGCAAUGGCAUAACGAUCGAUAACGCGGACGAAGUACGUCGCUGUCUAGCCAUGACUCCUGGUGAGCGUGCAGCGCGCAAAGCUGCACGUGAACUUUUCGCCUGCCUGUCCAAUGGCAACGAGCACAUAACACCGAAGCAGUUAGAACGCAAGAUGCGACGUAUUUACAAUUUGCAACGCAAGCGAAGGCGCCGUGGGGUUAGCACUGACGACGCAUCAUCUUCAAACACAGAUGAAGAGAGCAGCGAAUGGGAGCGUGAGCCAUUGGAGGAUCCAGCUACCAUUGGGCGCACCAAUGUGGAAAGGCGUCGUUUCAUAACCGAAGCCAAUUUAGUCUCGGCUGCCUCAAACUAUAGCGCUGGGCGCAUGCCCUCGGUGAACGAAGCGCUAACCCUAUCAGUGCCACAUCCACACAGCUUGGAUCAUGUGCCUUGCUUCUAUCGGCUAAUAUUCCAUCCGCUGGUGUUCUUCACUUUGCUCUACCACCGCUUCAUCAAUGUUGUGGCAGCGCUACCAUCUAUGCUGCCGCUGAGCGUACGGUGUUGUCUGCUCAUGGUGAUCUCCUGGGGUAGCAUUGCCGGUGACAGAGAGCGCUAUAUGUUGCCCUUGGUUAGCUACUAUCUAAGUCUAGGCGUUAUGCUUUGGGCCACAUGCAAGAUGCUGAAGACAAAGCAACAAUUUGUGGACUUUCGCAUCUGGUCGGGAUUAUUUCUCAGCUACGGCGACCACAACAUUGAGGCUGACAUAUCUGAGCAACGUUUUCUACGCAACAAUAUGAAGCCAUAUCUGUUCUUCUUCUGCGCCUUCAUUUGUAAUCUCAUUGUGUAUCCACUGGUCACAGAUGCCUGGCUGCCACACUCGGAGCUUACGAUCAUCUCAGGUGCCUGCACAUUUGUGACCCUGGCAAUGUUUAUGUAUGCCUCAUCACAGCUCCUGCCCGACUGGCUGGUCAUUGUGUCCUUUGCCGUCAAUGUGCUGGCCAAGUAUCCCUAUGAGCUGGACGAAGUAGUUUCCACCUAUUGGCGUUUUCUGGACCUGCGCGUGCCCACCUUUUCCUCCUUUGUCAUUGGCAAUGGCAUUGAGUUUUGUCUGAACUGCCGCACUGCUCUCUACUUACUCAUACCAGUGCUUCUCGUGCUGCUGGCCAAACGCGCACGCUGGCAUGGCGUCUACACUUAUCUAAUACCCCACUGCGUCACUCUCAGUUGGCUUCAAGUUUGCAUUGUGACGUCCCAAAGUGCCACAGUAUUUGGCGCCAUGCGCGCUGCAUUGGGCUUAGCAGGCUUAGUACUAUUUUUACCGCUUUUUGGCAUAGUGGCAUUACUGGUGCCGGUUUUUGUGGCCAUUGAUAGCCUGGGAUUGUCCAGUGAACACCUUCGCUGGGGUACCACAGCUAUUGCUUGCAGCUUUGUGCUGCUGCUGUCCUGUGCGCUGGCACUCAAUCGGGCCACGCAAAAGUAUAUAACCAUUUUACAGCUGCUUAUUGGAUUGAUCACAGUCUGCGUUUUGGUUUUCCCCUAUAUGACGUCCAGUUUUAAGGAUACGCCACGCUUUCAUGCCAUGCCCAGCAUAGACAGCACUCCAAGCGUCAGUAAUCAAUCUCCAACUGGCUCUUUGCAAUGGCAACGUUUCUAUGAGCUUUGCUUGCAGCCUGUAACGGAGCAGCCCAAUAAAAUUAAAGCCCAGCUGCGCUGCUCUCACCUAAAUGGAGUGCACGUAGCCUGGCAAGGAAAAGUUACCUACGUGCAAAUUUCAAGCGUCUCCAAUAGGCUGGAGCACAUCAUAGCAAACUAUUUUCCCAACUGGUUGGGUAAAUUGCUGCGUUGCGUGCACGGUGAAAGAAUUGCACAACAUUUUCAAUGCGGUGCUGAAGAGGAUGAGCAUUGUGUUGAGUGGCUCCGCACGCUAAAGACGCUGGGUGGGCACACAGAAUCCUGCACUCUACAAAACUGGAAUCGCUAUGAGUAUGAGCUGCUCGUGCAGUUACCAGCCGGCGGGAAUCUACUAAGAGGCUCUACUACUUCAAACGUUGUGAUACGCGCUCAGCAUGACUUUGGCAACUUUACGCAGCGUCUGCAGCAAGGAGAUCGCAUCCUGUUCUAUGGCAUAUUACAGAGCUCGAAUCGGAUACGGGAGCAACAUGCGCCUGAAGUGCAACUGAAGACCAUCGAGUGUUUGCACUGUCAAUCUCCAGAGCUGGGUAGCGUAAGUAUUCAACGAACUGUGCUCAGCUCUCCGGUGGAUGCACGUCUGCAGGAUCUCAUGAGAGGCAUUAAGUAUCUGUUGAAUGCAUUACUGAGCCCGCUCAUCACAUUUAAAUAGUUACCCAUCUGAUAUUAAUAUACAAAUAAUUUAGCUUAGCUCUAUUGAACAAAUAUGGAAAAUGAAU